ACCUCACGGCCGAUUCUCUGUUUAGGCUUCUAUCAUCCCUCUAGCUACGCUCAGUUUCCAACUUAUUUUCUUCAUCAAAAAACAGUAAAAUGGUAGCAAUCACGAAAAUCCUUUGGCUGGCUUUAACUGCCACUGCUGCCACUGCUACGGCCAUCGUUCGGCGCGAUGUCAUUACCGUUCAGAAUGAUAUCACGCAAAAAAUUGGCCCAAGUUGGACUACCCUCAACCAAGAUAUCGCUGCUUUCCCAGAGAGCGGCUCAGCAGGAGCAACCACAAUCCAAAAAGACUUUACUAAUGCAAUUGCUGCUUUGGAUACCACAACUUCCGAUAUCCAGUCCACUGGCUCAUUUGGCAUCGUGUCUGGCACAACUAUACUUGCAGACAUUCAACAACUCGUGCCCACCUUUUUAGCAGUAUUAGUGACUUUAGGGGCCCAAGAGUCGUCUUGGAGCUCCAUUGAGGGCGGAAAAUCUUUGAUUUUAAGUCAACUCCAAUCAUCGAGCGCCGCGACGUCCAAGUUUCUUGAUGCUGUUAUAACAGCUGAGCCCCUCCUUUUGAAACCCGGUGCUCUGGCGAUUAAGGCACAGCUGACAGGCGCCUUUACCACUGCAAUAGCCGUCUACAGCGUGUGAUAUUUUGGGCAAUAUUUUGCAUUGAAAUAACGUGUUGCGGGGUAUUCAUGCGUUAUCAAAUCUUCUUGUGCUUCACGAGGAAAUCUGGAAAAUGAAUUUCGUAUAUUCGGGUAGGACUGUGGAAGGCAUGUGGUGCGGCGGGAAGUGGUUCGGAAUAUGUCAAAAAGUCACAAAAUGAUACGUUCGCUAUAAUAGGGAGCUGCAAUGCAUCAAACUUCAAUGUAUCAUGGCAUAAUAUACCUUAGUACGGCCAAAUUUGUCUCAUCAUUUCCGAUUCCACUUCAGCUUUACUGAUACUGAAAUCUAUUCUAUAUUAUACAUGUACAUCUAAGGAUUAUCCCCUACCAUGUUUCGGAAGAACACCAGAUG